CGUUUACUUUACCUUCCCGAGAGAAAGAGAGAGAGAUAAGGUUUCGCAUCUUAAGGUCUUGUCUCUCUUCUCCCUCGCCGCCGUCAAUGCUUCGGUUUCGAUUCUCCUCUUCCUCUUGACCUUCUCCUUCUCUUUUUGCUGCGAGGAGAGAAAGGAAAACAAAAGGGGUAAGACAUCGAAGCUGAGGUCAACGAAGUCUCCGGAAACAUCCAUCCCCCUUAAAUCUCAUGGACUCAUCUUUCACAACGCCGCCGCCGGAAACCGCCGCUGUGGUUAUGGGGGAGAAUGGAUUUACGGUGGAUCCUUUUCUGGUCGAGGCUUUGCAGAACCCUCGCCAUCGUCUGACGAUUUUGCGGAUGGAACUUGAUGUUCAGCGGUUCUUACAGAGCCAAGAGCAGCAGCAGUUCGAGUUCCAGCGUUUUCCUACUUCCUAUCUCCGCCUCGCCGCUCACCGUGUUGCUAACCACUACGGACUAGCUACAUCUGUUCAAGACGGCGGCGUUGACGGCAACGAGAACAUAAUCCUCGUGACAAAAACAUCGGCGAGCAAGUUUCCUACUGUUAAGUUGUCUGAUAUCCCCGCGGCUAAACAAUCACAGAAUGGUAAGUUUGAGCACAUGAAAGUCUCCAUCAAGACUCGACCUUCUAAAGGAUCUGGAUUCGAGGGUGGUGAAGUUGAGAAGAAACGCGGUCCUCUUAGGAGUGUGGAAGAGAGGAAAGAAGACUAUGACAGGGCUCGAGCGCGCAUAUUCAAUGGUCUCACAGGCUUCAGCGGUGAUGAAUCUGACACUCAGGUUUAUGAGAGGAAUCCAAGUCUUGGCAAAGAUGACAGUCCAACACCUACUAAGAACUUAAGCCUCAGGGAAACUGGUCCAGCAUCUCGUGUUGCGAUUCUUAGAGACAGUGAGAAAGAUCGUUUUGAUCCUGAUUAUGACCGUAAUUACAAAAGGUACAUAAGGAGCCUUCCGGUUUAUCAGAAUUUCAAUGUACCACCCUUCAACAUGAUGCAGCAACCGUACUACCAAAUGGGAUUUACCGAAUACAACCAUAUCCCAAAUGCUUCUCUCAACUUUGGACCACCUGGAAACGCUAUCAUGAGUCCUUAUGGCACCACUGUUGUACAUCCAGGGGAUGCAAUGUAUAUGCAAGUGCCUAUGAUGUAUGCUCAUUCGUAUGAGCAGCUCAGAAAUGCCUCUCUUCAGGCACAGUUCUGUCAGCAACCCUUGAGCUUCGAGUACAUGCAGAACCGCUAAGCAUAUACUGUUAGGCUUUAAGCCCUCGGUCGAUCUUUAUCUCUGUUUACCUGCUUUUUUAUUAUAAAACCUAUUAUUGUUGUAAUGGAAAUUUUUGAAAUGUAUUGUCGGAAGGAAGAAGAUAAUCCUUUUAUUUUCUCGUAAACUUAUCAGUGAACUACUAAUUUUAUGGGUCAUAUCGUUAUU